GAUCUCGACCGAGCAACAAGUGAACGGAAGAAUCCGAGCAGUGAAGAAUCAGAAAGACCGAGGAAACACUCGAGAACUCUUUAAUAACAUUGUGAACCAAAAACCAGAAACAGCCACUGAAAAUACACGGAAAGCAGAGUGAUUCGCCAUAGUUUUGCUAGUGUUUUCAAGGGCACCCAUCAUACAGCUGUGCUGCAAAUUUUGUGCCAGUUGCCGUAUCUCAGAAGCGGCGGGUCCAAAGUAUCGCCGUACACGGAGCUAAUUCCUUCGCCAAUAAGCGGCGCAUUUGACCGCCUGCCCAAUAAACAUGGCCGCCAUAUAACCGCAAACGGCGAACGCAACCACACAAAGUCGGAGCUUUGCGAUUAGACAAGCAGAUAGCGGGGAGUUCAAGGAGAGAUCCCCGCCAGCAAGGAAAUCCAUUUUGAAGGGAGACCAGCCGCAGCAGACCAAAGAUGAACAGCUUGGCGCGGGUCUUCAGCAACUUCCGCGACUUCUACAACGACAUCAAUGCCGCCACCCUCACGGGAGCCAUCGAUGUGAUCGUGGUGGAGCAGCGCGAUGGCGAGUUCCAGUGCUCGCCCUUCCACGUCCGGUUCGGCAAACUGGGAGUGCUCAGGAGUCGGGAGAAGGUGGUGGACAUUGAGAUCAAUGGCGCACCGGUCGACAUACAGAUGAAGCUGGGCGAUUCUGGCGAGGCCUUCUUUGUGGAGGAGUGCCUGGAGGAUGAGGACGAGGAGCUGCCAGCCAACCUGGCCACCUCGCCCAUACCCAAUAGCUUCUUGGCGUCCCGGGACAAGGCCAACGACACCAUGGAGGACAUCAGUGGAGUGGUGACAGAUAAAAACGCUAGCGAGGAGCUGCUUCUGCCACUGCCAUUGCCGCGGCGCAACUCCAUUGACUUCUCCAAGGAGGAGCCCAAGGAAGCCGUUGUUGAGGGCAGCAAGUUCGAGAAUCAAGUCUCGGACUACACGCAGCGCAGACACACCGACAACACACUGGAGCGUCGCAACCUAAGCGAAAAGCUCAAGGAGUUCACCACGCAGAAGAUCCGGCAGGAGUGGGCCGAGCACGAGGAACUGUUUCAGGGCGAGAAGAAGCCGGCAGACUCGGAGCUGGAGAACCAAAGCAAAGCCUCAAACGAAGCUGAGACGGAGAAGGAAGUUCCGGCGCUCAUUGAAGACAAGGAAAAGGAAAAGGAGCAGAUCAAACCAGACGUUAACCUCACCCCGGUCACAACCAGCGAAGCCACCAAGGAGGUGUCCAAGAGCAAAACCAAGAAGCGGCGCAAGAAGUCGCAAAUGAAGAAGAAUGCCCAGCGCAAGAACUCCUCAAGCAGCUCUUUGGGCAGCGCCGGAGGCGGUGAUUUGCCUUCGGCGGAGACGCCAUCACUGGGAGUGAGCAACAUCGACGAAGGAGAUGCACCCAUAUCCAGUGCAACAAACAACAAUAACACCUCGUCGUCGAACGAUGAGCAACCAUCCGCUCCCCUGGUGACAGCUCGCUCUGGGGACGAUAGCCCGCUCAGCGAGAUCCCCCACACCCCCACUAGCAAUCCACGUCUGGAUUUGGACAUUCACUUCUUCAGCGACACGGAGAUCACCACUCCCGUGGGCGGCGGUGGUGCUGGGUCAGGUCGCGCCGCCGGCGGACGACCUUCGACUCCCAUCCAAAGUGACAGUGAACUGGAAACCACCAUGCGAGACAAGCGGCACGUGGUGACUGAAGAGAGCACCGCAUCGUGGAAGUGGGGCGAGUUGCCCACACCGGAGCAGGCCAAGAAUGAGGCCAUGAGCGCCGCCCAGGUGCAGCAGAGCGAGCACCAAUCGAUGCUCAGCAACAUGUUCAGCUUCAUGAAGAGGGCUAAUCGGCUACGCAAGGAGAAGGGCGUCGGCGAAGUGGGAGACAUCUACCUGUCUGAUCUGGAUGCCGGCAGCAUGGACCCCGAGAUGGCGGCCCUCUACUUCCCUAGUCCCCUGUCCAAGGCGGCAUCGCCUCCGGAGGAGGAUGGCGAGAGCGGCAAUGGUACCAGUCUGCCUCACUCGCCCAGCUCGCUGGAGGAGGGUCAGAAGAGUAUUGACUCGGACUUUGACGAGACCAAGCAGCAGAGGGACAACAACAGGUACUUGGACUUUGUGGCCAUGUCCAUGUGCGGAAUGUCGGAGCAGGGAGCACCACCCUCGGACGAGGAGUUCGACCGCCACCUGGUCAACUAUCCAGACGAUGCCAUUGAGCAGCUGAUGUCUCAGACGGUCGACGGCAAGUGCCUGCCUGGCGACGACAAGCAGGAGGCAGUUGCCCAGGCUGACAAUGGUGGUCAGACGAAGCGCUACUGGUGGAGCUGGCGGCGCUCGCAGGACGCUGCGCCCAACCACUUGAACAACACUCAUGGUAUGCCUUUGGGCAAGGAUGAAAAAGAUGGUGAUCAAGCAGCUGUGGCAACGCAAACCUCGCGGCCUACCUCGCCCGACAUCAGCGAUCCCACGCUGAGCAAGAGCGACUCCCUGGUGAACGCGGAGAACACUUCGGCGUUGGUGGACAACCUGGAGGAGCUAACCAUGGCCUCCAACAAGAGCGAUGAGCCCAAGGAGCGCUACAAAAAGUCGCUGCGACUCAGCUCGGCGGCUAUCAAAAAACUAAACCUCAAGGAGGGCAUGAAUGAAAUCGAGUUCAGCGUGACGACUGCUUAUCAAGGCACGACGCGCUGCAAGUGCUACUUGUUCCGCUGGAAGCACAACGACAAGGUGGUAAUCUCCGACAUUGACGGCACCAUCACCAAGUCGGACGUGCUGGGCCACAUCCUGCCCAUGGUGGGCAAGGAUUGGGCGCAACUCGGUGUGGCACAGCUAUUCUCGAAGAUCGAGCAGAACGGCUACAAGCUGCUCUAUCUGUCGGCCCGCGCCAUCGGCCAGAGCAGGGUGACACGCGAGUACCUCCGGUCGAUCCGGCAGGGCAACGUGAUGCUGCCGGACGGACCGCUGCUGCUGAAUCCCACGUCCCUGAUAUCAGCCUUCCACCGCGAGGUGAUUGAGAAGAAGCCGGAGCAGUUUAAGAUCGCCUGUCUGUCGGACAUCCGCGAUCUGUUCCCCGACAAGGAGCCCUUCUACGCCGGCUACGGCAACCGCAUCAAUGACGUGUGGGCAUACCGAGCCGUGGGCAUUCCCAUCAUGCGCAUCUUCACGAUCAACACCAAGGGCGAGUUGAAGCACGAGCUGACCCAAACAUUCCAAUCCUCAUACUGCAGCAUGACGUACAUCGUCGAUCAACUGUUCCCGCCGGUGAAACUCGACGAAGCCUCCGCCGAGUUCUCCAACUUUAACUACUGGCGCGACCCCAUCCCCGACCUGGAGAUACCCGAGCUGGAGACGGCGCUGGUGCCACCGAGCACCAAGGUGGACAUAGCCACCCUGCGCCCCAUUCCCGAGAAGUAAACUGGUUGCUUGGAAGCCCAGCUUGCGUACUACAAACCUAUUUACAUAUAUGGAUAUGCAACACACUCUAUUUAUAGCAGAUAUAGCGCUUUUCCAAAUUGUUUGCCUAGCUUCAAACCUUCUAGAUGUGCUUACCAAAAAUGAAAUAUCUAUAUUAUGCAUAAGCUUAGCCAGGAUUCGAUAUUUCCUUGGUUCCAUUAUCAUUUCCUAUCGAUCGUUUCUAGUUAAAUGGGUGGUUUAAGUUGUUAUCAAAAUUCAGUUAUUAAUAGUGACUACUAUAAGUAUGUUCCUUUGAGACUCCCCGCAGGUUCGUAGAAGAUGCAUAUUCCAGACGGCGCAAAGGAGUUGUGAUUUUGAUUUCAUUAUUUUUCGUAUGUGAUCAUUUAAUUUAAGUUCAUUGUGAUUAGGUUUUUCUUGGAGUUUUUAUGAAAACUGUGCUCUAAACCUAUGUAUACUUAACUGAUAGUGUUUCAAUACCAAUAAAUGCUUCAAAUUCAAACAAAA